AUGUGGAACCCAGACGGCAGUGGGCGCCACCCCCCAGUGAACCUCAGCACACAGAGCUCGAGCUCGUCCUCUGCGUUGUUGGGCAGCAUCCGCGCGCAACGCGAGGCGCGCGAAGCUCACCGCCGCCUUGAAGCUGCCGCGACAACAGUACAGAGGGUAUGGCGUGGUCGCACCGCUGCAGCUGCGACGCGACGAGACAUUCUCGCCCACCUCGAAUCCGGUGCGAGCGUGGAGGAGGGCGCGCGUGCACUCCUCCUCCUCCUCCGUGGCCGGGGAGAGCGCAUGCGCGUCGCUCGUAUCCUUGAGAGCUGGACCGCCGCCGCUCUCGCAUCGGGCGCCGACGGCCCGGCUUUCCGAUCGCUAGUGAUGGUCGACGCAUCCGUGUUCGGCGUGCUCCUCGCCCGUAUCUUGCGUUUCGUCAGCACCAGCCCACGCAUCGAGACUAGCGCGCGCCUCCUCUCAGCCCUCGAGGAGUUCCUCAAACAGUCUGCGUAUUCUGGCAUUCCGGAUCGCGCGAGCGAGGUUGUCUCGGCGCUAGGGGCAAACGCGUGGAUCGAGACACUAUCAGAUAUCACCCAAGCCCUCGCCACCACCAAGCGGCGGCACCCACUCCUCCUCCCCGUGAUCCGGCUCGUGACGGCUCCGUCCGCUCUUGUGCCCCUAACCUCGACCUCUUCCCUCCUGCCCCCGCUCAUCCACUCCUUCCUGGCCGUCCCCGCGUUGCCAGUCUCCAUCCCCCUCCCUUCCCUCACCCACCUCUCCUCCACUCUUCCGCUCUUUGGCAUCCUCCUCCCUGUCGCCGCCGCCAACCCAUCAAUUCUCUCUCAGGGCCGCAUGGCGAAUGAGCUGGGACGGACGUACUUUCUCGCAAACCUCGCCACGUUCGGCAUCACUGGCGGCAUGCUUGCCCGCGCCAGCGCACCGAGCAUGCGUGCGUGGAUGACUGUCUUAGGAGUGCUCCUCCCCACCCUUGAUGAGGGGUGGGGCGUAUGGGCCGAGCAGAGCAUCGCGGGUGCAGCAACUGUGAUCCCGGUAAUGGACGAGGAUGACAGCGAGGAAGAAGCGGUCCUCUCGACUGCACCGGUUCGUGCGCGCCUCCAGCCAGGAGUUGCAAAGCCCCUCGCCCUGCUUGCGAGCCCGCAGCAUGUGGGGACACUGGCGUCACACGCCAUCGCUGCGGGAUCGCUUUCUGACUUUUCCGUAUUCGCACUCAGCGUUCUCGGCGCGUUCCGCGGGUCACCAAAGUGGGAAGGCACUCUGGAUGCUCUCCUCGACGGCAGCCGUGGUAGAGCACUCGUCAAGUUACUUUGGCGCGAAGGCGUCCGUGGCAAGUGGAACAACAUGUCCGACCAGUGGACAAUGUUCUCAAAGAACCCCAACAGGCCGAUACUUGUGCUUCUCACCCACCUGUUGAACCACUACCUCCUGUUCACGCCCGAUGACGAGUUCUUCAGCUCGUCCAACCCUCUCUCACUGGACGAGGUGCUCGAACUCUCGAGCACAUGGCGCGACCUCGCAUUCUGGGGGUACAUGAACGGCGUGGGCGGGGGUGUGCGCGGCGCUGGCACCGAGGCAGACCGAAGGCUCUUCACGCAGGGCGUAGUACGGAUCACGGAACGCAACGGGCGCCGCAAGUUUGCUCCGGAUGAGUAUUGGGUCAUGGACGCGGACCUUCGUGCCGGCUUCAUCGACGCAGUCAAGUACGAGGACGAGCUGCUUGAGUCUGGAGGGUCGGUGACGUACGAGCACGGCCUGGGCGUGCCUGGCGCGGCGGCAAAGUCCAACGUCGGGCCACAGGGUGUGGGGUUGGAAGCUCAAGGUACUGUUGGCUCGUUGGACCGCAACAUCCAGCAGCUGUCCAAGAGCUGGCGGCAUAACAGGAGCUGGCGGCAGUUCCCCAACGCACAUGUCUCGCCGCGCCUCGGGCUGCUCAUCAACCUCCCAAUGGCCGUGCCAUUCGCGACGCGCCUCCAAGUGUUCCGCGAGUUCAUCCGCAGGGACAGGAAGCGCUUGGGAAUCCAGCGCUACGGGCGAGCGCGACACAGAGUGGCGAUCCGUCGCACGCACCUUGCCGAGGACGGGUUCCGGCAACUCAACUCGCUCAGGAGCGGGCUGAAGAACAUUGUCGACAUCACCUUCAUCGACCAAUGGGGCAAUGAGGAGGCCGGUAUUGACGGCGGCGGCCUGUUCAAGGAGUUCCUGCACAACCUUAGCAAAGAGGCGUUCGACACGGAGCGCGGACUGUGGCUCGCCAACCUCCGAAAUGAACUGUACCCGAACCCGCACAGCUACGCAACCGAGCCGCACCAACUGUCGUGGUACAGCUUUAUCGGCCGACUGCUCGGUAAGGCGCUGUACGCCGACAUGCUGGUGGACGUUACAUUUGCGGGCUUCUUCCUCGCCAAGUGGCUGGGCCGGCAGUCGUACGUCGACGAUCUGGCCUCUCUCGACCGGGAACUCUACCGCGGCCUAAUCCAGCUCAAGAACUACCCACACCCCGAGGAGCUGUCCCUGACCUUUUCCGUGUCCGAGGACGAGUUCGGUGUCGCAAAGUCGGUCGACCUGAUCCCCGGCGGGUCCGAGAUCCCUGUCACUGCCGAGAACCGGCACGAGUACAUUGCCCUGGUGUGCAAAUACAAGCUGGACCGGCAGUUUGCUGCGCAGAGCGAGGCGUUCUUUGCAGGCCUCUCGGACCUCAUCGACCCGCGCUGGCUGCGGAUGUUUGACCAGAACGAGCUCGCCCAACUCAUUGGCGGGGAGGAGGCGGCGAUUGAUCUGAUGGACUUGCGCAAGAACACUACGGUCACGGGCUUUGACGACGAGCGCACGCCGGCCAUGUUCUGGCGCGUUGUCGACAGCUUUAGCGAGGAACAGAAACGGCAGCUGCUGACGUUUGUGACGAGCUGCUCGCGGCCGCCGCUUCUGGGCUUUGGACACCUCAACCCUCCCUUUGGCGUGCGCAACGCCGGAGCGGACAAGAGUCGCCUCCCAACUGCAAGCAGCUGUGCGAACCUCCUCAAACUCCCGGAUUACAAGGACGAGGCGAUGCUGCGCGCCAAGCUGCUGCAGGCGAUCACGAGUGGGGCGGGGUUCGACAUGUCGUGA